UCCGAGCUCCCCGCGGAGAGCCCGGCGCCCUGCUAGCUCUGUGACUACGCGCUGCCGAGGAGGGACCCCGUGAGACCUUGAAGCCGCACAAUGGAGGCAAUGACCUUUGAGGAUGUAGCUGUGAACUUCACCAUGGAGGAGUGGGCUUUGCUGGAUCCAUCCCAAAAGAAGCUCUAUAGAGAUGUGAUGAGAGAAACAUUUAGGAACGUGGCUGCUAUAGGUAGGGCCUGGGAUAACCAAGAAGAUGAAGAACAGUACAAAAAUGACUGGAGAAAUCAAAGAAAUAAAGAGGUGGAGAAAUGCUACCCAGUAAAUAUGCCCACCAUAUCUCACUCUGGAAUGAUGACAUACGAGUUUUUGGGAUUAGAAGAGGAGCUGUAUAAAUGUAAUGAACAUCAACAGACCUGCAAUAAUUUUCCCUCUUUUCAGAAGGAUACAAGGACAAAGACAGGAGAAAAAUCCUAUGAAUAUGAUCAGUGUGAAAAAUCUUACUCUGAACUAAAUGAAAGAACUCAGUUUAAAGAGAUCUUUGUAUAUAAGGAAAAUUUGAAAGUCUCUAGUACACCCUACAAUGUUCAGAUCCAUGAAAGAAGUCAUACUGGGGAGAAACCUUAUGCAUGUAAGCAAUGUGGGAAAGCUUUUAGUACACAAAGUUCAUGUAAAGCGCAUGAAAGGCUUCACACAGAUGAGAAACCCUAUGUAUGUAAGCAAUGUGGGAAAGCUUUUAGUAUACAAAGUCAUUAUAAAGUACAUGAAAGGCUUCACACUGGGGAGAAACCCUAUGUGUGUAAGCAAUGUGGGAAAGCUUUUAGUAUACAAAGUCAUUGUAAAAUGCAUGAAAGGAUUCACACUGGUGCAAAACACUAUGUAUGUGAGCAAUGUGGGAAAGCUUUUAGUAGACAGAGUUCAUGUAAAGCACAUGAAAGGCUUCACACUGGGGAGAAACCCUAUAUAUGUAAACAGUGUGGGAAAGCUUUUACUACACAAAGGAAUUGUAAAAGACAUGAAAGGAUUCACACUGGGGAAUAACCCUAUGUACAUAAGCCAUGUGGCAAAGUUUUUCUCCCAUGGUGAUUGUCAGAAACAUGAAAGAACCUGCAUUAGAAAGUCUGUGUGUGUAAGCAAUGUGUUAAAAGUUUUUACUACAAAAGCUUAUUGUAAAAUGAAUUUUAAAACUAAGAACUGUAUGGAAACAAUAUGGGAAAGCUUUUUCAUAUAAAGUUAUUGUAAAUUACAUGAAAGGAAUGGGGCAAAUCCCUGUGUAUGUGAGCAAUGUGGGAAAGCUUUUACCAUAAAAUGUACUUUUUAAACAUGAAAGAAGUUAC